UUGAUCAAUGGGCGGCCUGCGAUCUCCCCCUUUAAGAGCUUGCUCCGCGGGACGAACGUUUGAACAGGCCCUGGGGCCCCUCCCCGCCUCUGAUUGGUCGGAGGCGGCGCACGAGGCGCAUCUGCCCGCCCAGAACGGUUGGCGGUGCUUUGUGAUUGGCGUUCGAGGAGCAUAUAUAAAGCGCAGUGUGGCCCCCGCUGCGCUCAGUUGAGAGACUGGCCCAGGCGGUUCUGUUGUCUGAGAAGAAGCGGCAGAGGUGGGGACUACGCAUCACCAGGUCUUUUCUCCACCAAGCUUUCAGACGCCGAGGGUUCAACUACAGAGGCGGACCUGUUCCCGCCUCCCGCUCCUCUCGCAGCUUCGGAAGGCAAGCAGACGUUCACCCCAUCGUCUGGAAGCCGAGGCAGGAUGGAGUUCAAGCUGGAGGCUCACCGCAUCGUCAGCAUCUCCCUGGGCAAGAUCUACAACUCGCGGGUCCAGCGCGGCGGCAUCAAGCUGCACAAGAACCUCUUGGUGUCGUUGGUGCUGCGCAGCGCCCGCCAAGUCUACCUGAGUGACCCCUGCCCUGGCCUCUACCUGGCCGGCCCUGCGGGGACCCCGGCGGUGCCACCGCCUCAGCAGCCUGGAGAGCCGGUAGCCGGGCCACCCUCCGGCUGGGGAGAGCCGCCCCCGCCGGUCGCCCGCGCCGCCUGGCCGGAGCCCGAGCCGCAGCCGCAGCCUCAGCGCCCCUCGGUGUGCCACACGCCGGGAGCGGGAAGCUCAGAACCGGUGGCCGCGGUGGCGGGAGCGGGGGACGCUCUCCGGGGCGGAGAGGAGGACUCGGCGGCAGCUGCUUGGGGCCGCGUGGAGCGUCCGCGCGCGGCGCCUUCUAGAGGCGGCUCGGACGGGUGCCCCGAGGGGCCCCGGGCAGUGCGGCGCCCGUGCGGCUGUCCCCCGGCCGUGGAGGAGCGGUCCUCCGAGGACGGGUCCCCCGCACCACCCACCCCGUGUCCCAGGAAGCGUGGCGCCGCGGGAGUGGGUGGCGGCCGCGCGGGCUGCUCGGCGCCCGGCUCUAUCCCUCUCAAGAAGCCGCGCCGGAACUCGGAGGAGCAGCCGGUCAGCGGCGAGAAGGACACCGACGAGGAGAUGGAGACCGGGAACGUGGCAAACCUCAUCAGCAUCUUCGGGUCUAGCUUCUCGGGACUCCUACGGAAAAGCCCUGCCGGCAGCCGAGAGGAAGAGGAGGCGGAGGAGGGCAGCCCGGAAGCCGCGGAGCCCGGGCAGAUCUGCUGCGACAAGCCGGUGCUGAGAGACAUGAGCCCCUGGAGCACAGCCAUCGUGGCCUUCUGAGCCCCCGGGACCCGAGCGGCUGGAGCUUGAGCAGCGGGAGUUCCCGAAGUGCGGCCGGGGCCUUUCCCGGCCGCGAGGACGAGCCGAGACCGAAGGCGCUGGGCGCGUGGGGGAGACUGGUUGCUGCCCGGCAGCACAUCGCCCCUGUAGGGGCAGCCCGGCUGGGCCGUGGCUCUCGAAUCUCAUUCUGAGACCUAGAGUUGGAGGCUUAUUGGAAGAGGACGAUCGAUCGUUAACUUUUGUGUCUCUGUGUGUGUCCGUGUGUUAAGUUUGUCUUGUGUUGAGACUGUUCUGUGGUUCUGGAAUGCACCACCCCUUCCCCGGGGCUUGAGACUUUGGGGGUGCAGACAGGGACUUUCCUCUGCCAGCAGCACAGAAAAGGAAGCUGCUGAAAGGCUUGAGGAAGGGGAGUUCCCCGUUCGAUCUUGGGGAGAGAGGGACUUUACACACACCUCUCAUGAAAGCUACGACCGCACCGGGGCGCGGGAGUGGCAUUUUCUCACAGGAUUUCCUCAGACUAGAGGGAAUUCGUCUGGAGUAGAGACUUGUAUUAUUUUUCUCCCACCCUCCCCAUCUUUCUCUGGCACAGAAGAAGCGCUUCUACCCUGUGAUUACUCUGGGAAAGCAGAACAUUAAGGGACCUUCAAUUCCCCACAGGGGAAAAAAAGCUUGCUGAACUUCACAGAAGAGUUCAAGCUUGGAAAUACGGAGUUUAUAGAGAAAAGAUAUAUUUUUAAAAGCUGUAGCUCAGAACUUACUACACAGUGCUUUUAAAAAGUGUUUAAUGAAACAAAGUUUACAGACGAGCUCUAAGCAGAAGGACCUUAUGGUUUUGUAGAUACGGUGACUCCAGUCUUUGUUGUAUAAAGGUUGGGGGAGCUGAUAAGGUUUUUGUACAGUAUUUUCUCCUUCUCUGUAUUGAUUUUUGUAUAAAAAUGUAACUUUACGUGUCUAACACGUAUUAAAUAUUUUGAAGCAACUACA